AUGGAUGCUUUAAUUCUCACUCUUCAUGCGGAUAUUGAGCCAGAAUUUCAGGUACAUACUCAAAAUUUAAGUAGAAAAGCAAUUGAUCUAGUAAAGACAAGUACUGGAAGAAGAAUAGCAAUCGAAUUUGAUAAUAUUAAGACAGCAUGUAUUAAAUUGGGCAAAGGUAAAGUUCUAGAAAGCUGGCAGGAAUUGACUCAAGUGUCACGAUUAUUGUCAGAAAAAUCAGAUGAAGAAAUUUUAAGCCUUGAAAUUAGUGAUAAAUAUCGGCCUAGACAAAAGACAGUCCGUGAAGUUUUGGAACAGAAAAUUAAUGUGAAAAAAAAUGAGUACUUAACGCCUUUAAGAGAUCGAAACGAUGCUGAAUUGAGUUGUAUGUUUAUUGUUUUGAGAGAGCAACAAAGAUAUCAAAACAACCCUUUCACCAUCCGAACAGAACUGCAAGAAGAUUUAAUGGAAAUAUCACCGCAAAUUACAGAGGCCAGCUGUGGAAAAGAUAUACCAUUAACCAGAGACGAAUGUAGAAGGGAUCCUAUAUUAUUCGAGAGCAACGCCGAUAUUGGUUUUACUCAGGCUUUACAAAAUAAUGAUACCUCCCCCUCAUCUAAAAAUGUUAUUGAACCAGCUCCUAAAUUAUGUUCCAAGUUGGAUGAUCUGAAAAAAGAAGGAUAUUAUGUCUCGCCUGGUAUCUCAAUUAACGAAGCUCCCAAUAAGAAAAAGAAGAAAGAAAAAGGUAACGUUUAUGAAAAUAAGCCUAAAAAGAUCUCAAAACCGCAAGCCAUGAUUCGAGAGUUAUCAGUCGUACCAAUUUCUGAUGAACUAUCAAUCACUAUAUCUGGAAGGAAUAUCCAUUGCCUAUAUUGUGAAGUUGAUGACAUUGAAAAAAAGGGGGAUCGAACAAAUCGGAAGUCCGAGAUGCAAGUGUAA